AUGCCUCGCGAUCCGCUUAUCGGCCUCGUGGGAAAGCCCUCGGCUGGAAAGAGCUCGACGCUCAACAGCUUGACCGACGCCUCCUCUAAAGUUGGCAACUUUCCAUUCACUACUAUUGAUCCUCAGCGAGCGAUUGGCUACCUCCAGAUCGAAUGCGCCUGCGCCCGGCACCACGUAUCAGAUAGGUGCAAGCCCAACUACGGCGCAUGCGUUGAUGGCCGACGUUCUGUGCCUAUCGAGCUUCUCGAUGUCGCCGGUCUCGUCCCCGGCGCCCACGAAGGCCGUGGCCUGGGCAACAAGUUCCUCGACGACCUGCGCCAUGCCGAUGCGCUGAUCCACGUCGUUGACGCCUCCGGUACAGUUGAUGCUGAGGGCAAGGAAACAAGAGGCUACGAUCCCUCGGUAGAUAUUGCAUGGCUACGAAGCGAGAUUGUGGCCUGGGUUCUCGGCAACCUCAUGCAGCGAUGGGGAUCAAUCCGACGAAGGCAUCAAGCUAUCAAGGCAACGGCGACAGAGACGCUACAGGCCCAAUUCUCUGGAUACGGUGCGACGUCGACUAUCGUGAACAGGGCGCUGGAUCGCUGCGGGAUCAAGGAGCCUCUGGAAGACUGGAGCGAUGAGACGGUCGAGCGUGUGGUCAACGCCUUCAUCGACGAGAAGUUUCCGACGGUCAUCGCGCUCAACAAGAUUGAUCAUCCAGACGCCGACAAGAACAUCGCCAAGAUUGCCAAGCAGCAGGAUCCAAACACCAUUGUGCUAUGUUCAGCCAUCUCAGAGAUCUUCCUACGAAAGAUGGCCAAGCAGGGCUACAUCAAGUAUGUCGAGGGCAGUGAGUUCAUCGACACCAAGGAGGACCUAAUUGAGCAGGGCGACCCUACCGGCGGUGGUCUCAAGGACCUAGACGAGAAGAACCGCAACCGCAUCGAAAACCUCAAGGACAUGGUCCUCUAUCGAUUCGGGUCCACGGGUGUCGUCCAAGUCUUGUCAAAGGCUGCCGAGCUGCUUGGUCUGGUGCCCGUCUUCCCGGUCAGGAACACCACCACCUUCACCUCUGGCGCCUCCGAGUCCAAGUUCGUCUUCCGAGACUGUGUUCUUGUCAAGAAAGGCAGCACCGUCGGCGACGUGGCGCGCAAGAUCAUGGGUGAUGCCCCCAUUGCGUUUGUCGAAGGUGCUGGGAACAUCCGAGUAUCUGAAGACGAUGUCGUGGCUGUGGGGAAGAACGACAUUUUAUCAUUCAAGGUUGGUAGGGCGUGA